GGUGAGUUGCUUUUCUUGCACACCUUCUUUCCACCUGCACUCAGAACCACAGUGGAGCUGACAGCGAUGGAUCCUCCGUGUUACCAGACUGGGAGUGUUGCAUUGAAGGGGAGGAAUGAGGGGUACCCUGGACCGCCUGCAGGACCGAGUGGGGUGCAGUACACCUCAGUGAACAUGGCCCCGGAGGCCCCGGAGGCCCCCAAGGACCACGUCAUCUGGUCAAUCUUCAACUUGAUCUACUGCAAUCCCUUCUGCCUCGGACUAACAGCUCUCAUCUUCUCUAUCAAGGCCAGAGACCGGAAGGUGGCUGGAGAUAUGAAUGGUGCCCGACACUACGGCUCCACGGCUCGCUGCCUCAACAUCUGGGCCACAGUGCUGGUAUCCAUCUCCCUGCUUAUUCUCAUCAUCAUAAGCAUCGUCAUUGCCUCACACGUGAUCGGAAUUAUCACCAGCUUUAACGAGAAUCAGAGAUCCAAUGUCAAUUACAAUGUCAAUUACAGAGGCUAGAUGACGCUGUGGCUAACGGAUGCUUUCGGUUUUGUUACUCGUUGCAUACUAUGAAACUCUUUCAAGGUUUUUUUCGUUGCUUAUAUGAGGUAAAACAGAUUCUUUUCAUCCGUUUCUGUUACAAAAGUCUGAAAGUUUACUUAAUAAAUAUCUGUAUUGUAAUACCAGAAUGUUUUUUGAUUUUGAUUUCUUGUCAGCAAGACAUUUGCCUUAGCAAUUGUUUCGAAAAGAAAAGAUAACUUCAAUAAAUAUGUGUAUAACUUUAAAAUGUGUAUGUGAGAUUUUUUCCGCUAACAAAAAGAUUUAAAGUUGUCUUCAUAUGGCAAAGAUUUAGCAAUCUCCAUAGACCAAUGUGCCAAAUAACCACACCCUAUUUGUCUGCACUUGAGUUUGGAUGCGAGACCGUUGAGAUUUCUUUGUGAUAAGGUGUCGCAACUUUCCUUUGGAACCAAAUGAAUCCCGAAUGGAAACUUGGGGAACAAAAGACACCAGAAAGAGAAACGAUACUUACAGGGGCAGUUUAGUUCUUGCGCAACUUCCCGGAGAUAUGAAUGGUGCCCGACACUACGGCUCCACGGCUCGCUGCCUCAACAUCUGGGCCACAGUGCUGUUAGCCAUCUCCUUCCUUGCUUUUAUCAGUUUAGGCGUCGUUGGGGUGAUCGUCUUGGCCACCAACAUUAACAGGAAUCACAGAUUCAAUUACAAUUUCAAUGUCCAAGGCUAGAUGAUUUGGCCAAGCGAUGCUUUACGUUUUGUGAUUUACACUCGUGGCCCACUUUGUAACCUUUAGUCUUCAAUGUUUUUCUCAAUAAAUUGUUUUAAA